GUACAGAUAAGGAUUUCCAUGGAACAACGCUGUCCUAGUUAGGGAGAAGUUUAGACCAUGUUCCAUAUUAUUGUUUUCGUUAUUCUAGUCAUUGAUGGAUUGUUCGACAGAGGUUGUUGCAACAGUCCACCGUCCUUCAAAACAGGAAGUAGCGUUCUCGUCAAGCCGGAAAAUACCCCAGUCGGUUCCGUGUUGCUUACCCUCACAGCCUCUGACAGUGACGGUCCCUCCGACUUGGUUUUCACAGUUGGGGAUACUGCGACGGGGGACCUGGUCAAGCUGGACCACACAGUCAGGAAGACUAAUAAUGAAUGGACAGUGGAUGUCGUCCUCAAAACAGAUUUGGACAGGGAUUUUCAUUCUUCUGUACGACACUUGAAGUUUGAUGUCACGGACGGUAUCUACAAGGUUCAAAUGAGGUGUAAUUUAAUCAUUACGGAUAUAAACGACGAAACUCCCCACUUUCUCAACCUUCCACAGAACAUCACGCUGUCAGAGACAACUGCUGUUGGUAAGGUCAUCUACCAGGUGAACGCCACGGACGCUGACGUCGGUAUUGGGGGAAUGAUCACGUAUUCACUCCAGUUGUCAGAUGGAACGACCACGCCCUUUCAUAUAGCAGCAACAACAGGGGAAAUUACUCUUGGAGGCAAACUGGACUUUGAACAGAGGACUUCGUACGGCUGUAACAUCACUGCAACGGAUGGCGGUGGCCUUACGUCGACGUCAACGUUGGACGUUACUGUGACAGAUGCCCAGGACACCCCGCCUGUGUUUGAGCGACCUUCGUACACCGUCCAUAUAUCAGAGAACGCCCAUGUGGGUAGCAGUGUUGUGACAGUGAGGGCAACAGACGGUGAUACCACACUGCAGAACAAGGUGGUGCUGGGCUUAGAAGCAGGCCCUUGUUCCAGUAUCUUCAAACUUGACGCUGACACAGGGGAGAUAACUCUCACAUCAAGUCCUGAUAGAGAGGACGUCUUAUUCGAAGAUAACAAUGGCGCCUGCAUGCUGAAUGUCACGGCUACUGAGGACAGUGGGGACAGGCUGCAGUACGGGUUGUCGUCGGCAUGGGUAAUGGUGAUAGUGUUAGUCACUGACAUCAACGACAACCACCCUACUUUUAACGCUGGGAAGGUAAAGGCGUACACGGCGAGAGACGUCUCCGCUGGGGCACCAGUUGUCUUUACACAACCCCAGAGUCUCACAGUGUUGGACGAGGAUAGGGGUCCAAAUGGCAUCAUGGUUAUCUAUCUACGGUCUAUCGGCAACAAACACGACACGGUGUUUCAAGUAUCGCCCAAGAGGGCAUAUUCCCAGGCACAGAUCUUCCUCAAUGUGAUCAAUGCAUCCGCACUGCAGACAUACCCAUACGACUUGAUUACAGUUGAGCUUUACGCUAAGGAGACAUCGUCAUCCAGUCAUGUAGCCAUGGUUACGGUGUCAAUCGACGUGCAGAAGACCCAGUCCCAGUGUAACCACGUUCCCAUCGUCGGCUGACGUAGGUGGAACUCACGCUUUGUCAACUGAAUGGAGAAUGAAGACAGGUGCAGAUCUUUCCUACGCAAAAUAUUUUGAAUGCAACAAACAGUUGAGGGUGUUCCUUUGAAUUAUAUGUAUUCCUGUGAAUUUGAAGUGACACAUACGUUAUACAUAAGUUUAUUUAGAUAAAAGAGUGCUAUUAAAACCUUCUUGAAUUAUAAA